AAAGAAUUAUUCAAUGUGAGAAAAAAUUAUGUGCAUGACACAUGGAUUCAUUUUAUAAGCGGAUCACCUACUGCACUUGGACCGUGCUCCCACCUAAUAAUAUAUGAGAUAAUUAACUUCUUUUCCCUUAAUUUAAAGUCAAAUUUCUCGCCUUUGACUUUUGCCAUCAUCCUUUGCCAUCAUAUUAAACAACUUUUGCGUCUUUCUCCAAAGGACCAAAGCAAGAUGCAAUUUUUAUAAAUCAUUUAUGAACACCCUUACCAUGGCUUGCAAUCAUUGAACAAUUCUUGUCUCUGGGUAUGUAUGCGUGUGAAAUUUGAGGAGUUAGGACCAUGAGUGAAGUUAACCACCAAAGGAUCAAAACCAACGGGAUAUGGAUGCAUAUAGCAGAACAAGGGAAAGGGCCACUUGUUCUUCUGCUUCAUGGAUUCCCAGAGAUUUGGUACUCUUGGCGCCACCAGAUAACAUACUUGGCUAACCAUGGCUAUCAUGUGGUUGCACCUGAUAUGAGAGGCUAUGGGGACUCUGAUUCUCCACUCAGCCCCAACUCCUACACGGUCGUACACCUUGUUGGAGACCUUAUUGGUCUUCUUGACCAUUUUGAUCAACAACAGGCAUUUGUGGUGGGAACUGACUGGGGAGCAAUUGCUGGAUGGCAUUUGAGCCUAUUUAGGCCUGAUAGAGUGAAGGGACUAGUCACUUUAAAUGUUCCAUACUUUCCAAGAUCUUCAAAUGCUAAACCUAUUGAAUCUGUCAGACAAAUGAUUGGAGAAGGAAGUCAUGUCUUUCAAUUCCAGGAACCAGGAAGAGCAGAGUGGUCAUUUGCAAGGUAUGAUUAUUUGACAGUGAUGAAGAAGUUCUUGCUCUUAAACAGAACAGAUAAUCUGGUAGCUCCUCCAGGCAUGGAGAUCAUUGAUUAUCUGGAGACUCCAUCAUUGUUGCCAUCAUGGAUUACUGAAGAGGACCUCCAGGUCUAUGCAGACAAAUUUCUGGAAUCUGGUUUUACUGGUCCUUUCAACUAUUACCGUGCCAUGGAUUUGAAUUGGGAGUAUCUUGCACCAUGGCAAGGAUCAAAAAUAACCGUUCCAACAAAGUUCAUUGCUGGUGACAAAGAUAUUGGUUUUGAAACUCUUGGCACAAAGGAAUAUGUGGAAGGAGAUGUUUUCAAGAGCCUUGUCCCCAACCUCGAAGUUGUUAUUCUAGAUGGUCACCAUUUUAUCCAUCAAGAGAGAGCUCAAGAAGUCUCACACGAAAUUCUUUCCUUUCUUUCCAAAAUUUCUGUGGACUAAUGGAUUUGUCUUUAGUUUAAUUGUAUUUGUAACCUGCAUCUUUGAUAAUUAUAUCAUGUAAGCAAUCUUGAAUAAAAAAUUAAACUUCUUAAUUCU